CGCUGGCCGAGCUGCAGGCCACGGACCUGGGCUCCCGCCACAGCGCAGCCCUCCGACUCCCAGAUCCCUCGCCCCCAGGACCUGGUUCUGAUUGGACCUGUCUCCUGGGCCAGAGUCUUGGCCCUUUCUGAUUGGACCCAUUUCCCUGACCCGGCUGGUUCUGGAAGGACCCCUCUCCUGGGCCAGGGUUUCAACCGACUCCGAUUGGACCUGUCUCCUGGACUCGUAGCACAGCUAGUUCUGAUUGGACCCAUUUUCCUGACUCGCCUGGGUCUGGAAGGCUACAUCUCCUGGGCUUCAGCCUUUACCUGUUCUGAUUGGACCUGUCUCCUGGACCCACCUGGUUCUGAAAAGACCCAUCUUCUGGGCCUAGGUCGUGGCCGGUUCUGACUGGACCCAUUUUCCAGAGCCACCACCCAGCCAGUUCUGAUUAGACCUUUCUCUUGGACCCACUCGCUAGCUGGUUCUGACCGGAUCCGUCUCCUGGACCCACCUGGUUCUGUAUGGGCCCACCUUGGCCGGGUCUGAUCGGACAAGAUUCCUGGACCCAGUUCUCGAAGAUCCUGGACUUGUCUCCUGGCUGGUUCUGCUUGGACCCCUCUCCCAGGCCAUCUGCUGGUCUCUUCUGAUUGGACCCUUCUCCUGAACUGGUAGCCCAGCCGGUUCCAAUUGGACCCAUCUCCUGGCCCCACCAGGGUCCCGGUAAGGCACCACCCCCUCCCACCAGGCCCCACCUCUGUGGCUUCAUCCGACCCCUCCUGACCCCACUCAGAACUGCCCCCUGGACCAACCCCCACCCCAGACUUAGCUGCUCCCAGUGGGCCUGGCCAGCCCCACGCGGGCUCCAUCUGUCCCUCUGCCUACGGAGCUCCGGAGAAGACCCCUGGCAAGGACUCUUCCAUUGGUCGUGUUGGUCAUCUGUCCAUUCAACCCAACGUCCAUCUAUCCACCCACUCCAACUGGUGUCUCUCCAAAGGUCUCCAGCGUCCCGGCAAGGACUCAUACAUUGGUCUCAUUGGUCAUCCAUCCACCCAUCCAACCGGUGUCUCUCCACAGAAGACCUCCAACAUCCCAGCAAAGACUCUUCAUUGGUCCUAUUGGUCUUCCAUCUGCCCAACCCAACAUCCCUCCCUGCCUCGUGUCUCCGUGAAGACUUCCAGCUCCCCAACAAAAACUCUCCCACCUCCUGUCGUCCAGCGAUGGCAUCGGCAGGGCUGGAGCUCUUGGCCAUGAGCUUGGCCAUCCUUGGCUGGCUGGGAGCCAUCAUCGCCUGCACCCUGCCCAUGUGGAAGGUGACGGCCUUCAUCGGCAACAACAUUGUGGUGGCCCAGAUCAUCUGGGAGGGGCUGUGGAUGAACUGCAUUGUGCAGAGCACGGGGCAGAUGCAGUGCAAGGUUUACGACUCCAUGCUGGCACUGCCCCAGGACCUCCAGGCCGCCCGUGCCCUCAUGGUGGUGUCUGUGCUCCUGGCUGUGGCUGCCCUCCUGAUUGGCAUCAUGGGGGCCCAGUGCACCAACUGCGUGGAGGAUGAGGUCUACAAGGCCCGGGUGAUCAUCGUGGCAGGCGCCCUCUUCGUCACCUCAGGCCUCCUCUGCCUCAUCCCGGCCUGUUGGUCAGCCAACUCUAUCAUCCAGGAUUUCUACAACCCCCUUGUGGCUGAUGCGCUGAAGCGGGAGCUGGGCGCUGCCCUCUACCUGGGCUGGGCGGCCGCCGCCCUGCUGAUCCUGGGUGGGGCGCUGCUGUGCUGCGUGCUGGGGCGCCCCCAGCCGGUCAGGGGCCAGCGGUGGGGGGGAUAA